GAAGUAAUGGUGUUAUCCCUCGGCUGGGGCAUGGGCGAGCCGGAGCGGCGCGGCGCUGACCGCAAGCGCGCGCAGCCGCCCCCGGUCGCGCACUCGCCGCUGUCGCCCGACGACGGCCAUGAGGUCGACGUACUGCCGCUACACAAUCAGGUGGGCGGCCACACGAGACUGCUCGUACUAAACGAUAGUACAGUCAUCAAACCGCUCAACAUACGUGAGCUACAUUUCUACCAGAACAUUCCUGAGGAUAUCCAGAACUUCGUGCCCCGAUAUAAAGGCGUGAUGCAGGCAUCUAACACGGGAAGCACGAUAUUGGACAAGAGGUACUCGCCAUGUUUCCGUGACGAGAACGGGCGCAAGCAGUCGCUGGGCGGCAAGCGCAGGCGCGACGACGUGUUCAAAUUUAAAGUUCACCGUAAUGGCAAUGCAAGUGAAGUACUUAAGAGCAUUGCACACAUGGACAAUUCAAAUAAGCAGUAUUUCCUGAUGAUGGAGAACAUAACAUCGUCGUACCGUCGCCCCUGCGUGCUGGACCUCAAGAUGGGUACGCGGCAGCACGGCGACGACGCUUCGGCCGAGAAGCGCAGCAAGCAGAUCGCCAAGUGCGCCGCCAGCACCUCCGCCACGCUAGGCGUGCGACUCUGUGGCAUGCAGGUGUACAUCCCAGAGACUGGCGCGUGCAUACGUCGCGACAAGUACUGGGGGCGCGCAUUGUCCGAGGCGGGGCUUCGCGAAGCCCUGCGCGACUUCUUUGCCGCGGGGGGCACUCCACGGGCCAGGGUGGUGCAUCGGGUACUGAGAGACCUGGAUGCGUUACGACGUGCCAUCGCCAAGCAGACCAACUAUAGAUUCUACUCGUGUUCUCUGCUGAUAGUGUACGAGGGAGACAUCCAAUACCAGGUGCGCGACGAGGCGUCGACUCUCAGCGCCGAAUACGACGCGGACGCUUCGAGCAGUUCCACCGAUUUACCAUCACCCGGCCACUUUGACAUGUCCACGUUACACGACGAGAUCUCCACCGACCGCGAGCCUUUCCGCCCGCAUUCCGAGGAAACCAUGGGCGGCUACGAGGAAGGCGAAGUCGCAGGUCAUUCACCCCGCCGCCACCCGCCCAGCCCAGAUUCCACAGACAGCUGGAUGGCGUACUCGUCCACUUCCAGCGAGUCGUGGCGUGGAGAAACGGAAACAGAAGCCGACGCAGCCGCCAGCGUCGCUGAAGCGCAGAAACGCGCGCGCACCUGGAUUCCCGAUGACAGAGUUGAUAUCCGCAUGAUAGACUUCGCGCAUACAGCGUACGCGGGCGCUGCUGCCGAAUCUCCUUUAGCGACCGCCACUCCCCAUCACGGCCCCGACUGCGGCUUCCUCACCGGCGUUGACAGCCUCAAGCGGCUUCUCACCGAGAUCCUCUCUCCCCAGCCCUACAGUUAAUGAAACUAAUGCUGUAGCUCACAAUUUUAAAAAAUCGGACCUCCUUCCCGGAUAUCCGAUCCGCCACACCGCCCGCGCCGCGAAUGGCGUCGGGAGUGCUCGGGAACGCUUCCGUGGCCCGCAGACGACGACGGUCGCAUCCGCGUCGGAUCGCACGGAUCGUAACGUUCCACUCGGCGAUUCACACUGUUCGACUGAUGUAUGUAAUUUCUUAACGAUAAAUAGAAAGAAGAUUUAUCGACGCGCCGUCGUGUAUAUACAUAGAUAGAGUGACGGACUGUUGACGCAGGGUAUUAUUAUUAUUUAUUACAUUUUUUGAGUUCUUGACGCCCCUCCCCCUGUCGCCCGCGCCAUUGAACGUGAACUUGUUGAUUCCCUCUGUUUGUGUAACUGCACGGCGACUAUCGCACUAAGUGAAUGUUGGCGGUACAAACUACAUUAAUUUUAAUAUAAAGGAAAAUAAUAUAAUUUUAACGUGGGACCCAGUAG